AUGGUCGCUUCAAGGCGUCAUUCCUGUAUCGACAGGUCAAGAUUUAAGAACAUGUUGAAUUUUCAAUGCUUAGUGGUUUUGAUAGCAGUAUUUGUGACUAUCCACGCAUACAAUGAAGAAGUAGAACGAAGGUUGGAUACGAGUGGACCAAGACCAUUAUCGAAAGGUAUCCACUCUUUCUGUCAGAAGUAUCAUCCUAAACGGUGCAUUUUCUGCCCAUACGAGAUGGUGAAUGAUAUCAGACAACUGUGUACUUUAUUCUACAGGGGUCCUAAGAAGUCUAGUGGCAAAAGGGAAGAAGGAGAUGAAGAUAUCGGAGAAAGAAAUUUGAAUGAAUUACUUAAUAAUCUGGAGGAGAAAAUAAAUGAUUUUUAA